AAAGAAUCAAAUAUGAAUCAGCACGUUAAUAAUUUAUUCGAAAAACCAUACAAUUAUCCGCAUAAGAAAUGCAAAUUACAGAGAUUGAAAAACUUGCAAUAAAUCCUCAUAAACUCUCCCUGAUCAUUCUUAAUUCUUCAGGCAUCGAGAGAGCAGAAAAAAUGUUUUUUGAUCGUCUGGCUUAUCGCUUGAUGAAAACCACCGAUUUCUGCAAACUACCCCUGUGGUUCACGAAGCUUCUUCUGCAAUCAGCUCUUCUGUGGCCCGUGCAGAAAGCUUCGGCCACCAAAAAACUCCUCUUGUUCGCAGUGAUCAUGAUUUGCUGCACAUUCAUAAAAUUCGGUCUGUUAGUCACGCUCACUUCGAAAUCAUCCAAUAUAGUGGAAUCGGCCGCUCAAAUUCGAGAUAUUACUCUCAUUCUUCAGGCGUCGGUGAAGAUCGUGUUUCUUUACUACAACCACAAGAAAUUCCAGCCGUUCAUUAACAUGAUACUCAACGAUUUCUGGCCAUCGAAUCUGUUCGACGAGAAAUCCGAGAACCGAUUGAAAACCUUCUACAACGCGGUAAUAACUAUGAUGAUACUGAACACUAUGUUUUCGACGGCCUAUUGCAUUACCGUCACCGUCUCGGCCCUGUUGAAAGGCGAAUUCCAAAUGGACACCAUCUACCCGUUCCUCGAUUACAAAUCGAGUCCUUUCUACGAAUUGAACGUGAUGUUGCAGUACGUCAGCUUGCAGUACUUCUGCCACGUAGGGAUAUUCGGCGCAGAUUUUCUCUUCAUGUCCAUCUGCACGUGCGUGAUUUCGCAGUACAAGCUGCUGUGCCGGGCGCUUUCGGCUUUUGGCACUGACGAGAUGAUGGAGAUCAACGAGAAGCUGAGGGGUAUCGGGACAGACCAGCUGAUAGGGAGAAAUUACGGGCUGCACAAGGAGUAUUUCGUCAGAUGCGUUAAUCACCAUAGAAUGUUACUGAUGCUAACGGAAAAUGUGAACAGCAUAUUCAGCUUCAUGACGUUCCUUACUCUGACUGUGUGCACAGCAGGAGUGUGUACUGGAGUGUUCACGUUAAGUUCACUGGAAACCAUAACAGUCCCUAUGGUUUUGAUUAUAGCUAACUAUACCAUGGGAUUCUUAACUGAACUGUUUGUGUAUUGUAUAAUAGGAAACGAAUUCUACGAAGAAGCUCUUCUUUUGCCAGAAUUCAUAUUCGCCGGUAACUGGAAUGAAUACGCAAACAACGGAAUGACUAAAGAUUUGAAAUUUAUGAUACACCGAUCUCAAAGUGUUUCCCCUUUACACGCUUAUGGAUUGUACAAUAUCAACAUGGACUCAUUUGCUAAGGUACUCAAAUUGUCGUUUUCAGUGUACACCUUUUUAUCGACCAUAAAAAAUAAGUAACCUUUUAUUUUAACGACAAAUAUUGGUAAUAUAUUGCUUAUUAUUAAAUAGAAUGGUUUUCAACUUAUAAAUAUUUAAAAAGUGUUAAAUUUUUGCGAUAGUAUUAUAUUAUGUAAUUAUAUGCACUAAAAUAUUACCUAACAGUACAAUCACAUUCAAAUUGUAAUUUCGAUCUUAUUCAACUAUAAAAAUAAAUUGCAUAAACACUCGC